UUGAAGGAGACGAAUAAGAGGGAGAAAUGGCGAGAUAAGACAGAUCAAUUACAGUAUUUUCACUUGUCGCCCAUCUCUUUCAAGUCGAAUACACACUUGAAGCAGUCCGUAAGGGCAACGCUGCCGUCGGAGUACGAGCUACCGACACCGUCGUUCUCGGUGUCGAGAAGAAAUCCUCCGCCAAACUUCAAGAUUUCAGGAGAAAGAUCAUCAAUGGUUCCCAUUAAGAUGAAAGAAAUUAUAGAGGCUUUCCUUGGCUCGAAUGUUAAGAAUAAUGUUCUUACAGUCUCGCGUUCUGACCACUUCAUCCAAGGAAAAUAUACAAAUAAGCAUGGAGGAACAUUUACUACAUGCUUCCUGGAAUUAAUUUUCGUGGACAUCCUCUCUAGAAGGGUAAAUAAGAGCAGGAGCUGUCUAUUUCCUAUUAUCUGUGUCAGCAUUUCUCGUUGUGUUGCCUUCAUAGUGACCAGGAAAUGUUGUUUCCUAUAUUUGACCAUCGCAUUGACCAUGUCAGUGGGAACAUACUCGGGUUUCUUCCGCACGCGGAUAAAAAAGAAGUUUAAUAUUAGGAUGUGGGUGGCUUUUGCUACUAGCUUGCAAUCUUGCAUUGUCUCCACACAACUGUGUAAGUUAACUACUCCACUUACUAUUAAGUUCUGUUUCCCUGAUUUGUUUGUGAAAUGUGGGGGUAGAUGCUUGAUUUUGAGCAAUGUAAUGAUUUGUUGUUGUAUGUAGAAGUAUUUCUUAUCUAAAAUUGUUCGAAUCUUUACCCCUUCACUUUAAUAGGAAGGCGUUAUACAUUAUACCCGACUUUUCCAUACCUCCCCAGCUCCCCUGCAGUAGAAUAAAGGCUAACCUAUGUGGAUGUUGUAUGCCGAAAGUUUGAGCUUUGAUUAUCUGAUACUAUGACAGUAUAGUCAUUAUAAUGUGCAUCUUUACUCGCCUUCUUCAAUAUGUUACCUGAUAAUGGAUAGUUAUGCUUAUGGCUUAUAACGUGGAUUAUAUAGUGAAGCAAAGCAAAGCUAUAGUUAAUGGCGUUUUUACUCUUUUCUUGCAAACUUUUAUCUGCAUUUCUGAAUUCUUUUGACAAGUGGAACCAUGUGGGUAAACCUUACGUUUUAUCUACAUGAUUGUUAUUUCAUCAGGAGGUUUUCUAUUACUAAUAUUACUGAUAAUAAGAUUAUGAUUCCUUAUAUUGGAAUGGCCUCAAUCAUUUAAUGGAAGAAUAAUGAUUGUUAAGGAAUGGUGAUUGUUAAUAGGGGAUCUUCAACCGGAUUUCUUACAAGCACUACAAGUAUACAUACAGUAACUCUUUCUUUAAUUAGCUAGUUUCUCUUCAUUUUCCCUACUUUUUAGUAUUCAGAACAGAACAUUUGAGUAUGGACUAUAACACUACCUCUUUUUGGUAAUCAGUCAUUUUACUAUGAGGGAAAAGUUGUCUUGUCAAACGAGGAAUUCAACAUGAGUGAAAUUUCAUGUUUUUAUUUGAGUAAACAUGAAGGUUAUUUUUUUUAUUUAUCGUGUUUUAGCUAGUGUACCAUCUUUAAUUUGUGCCCAUUCGUGAUUUAAACUUGCAGGAGCAUGGUGAGCUAAAUGGAGGAGAAAUAUAGAUCUAGCAAAUGAGAUGGGGGCUCUUGUUUGUUUUUGGGUCAUUUUGUGAUUUUUAGUAACGUUGAAUUUGUUUCUAUGAAUCUUAAUUUUAUGUAUUUUAGUCAUUAAAAACACUAAGUUAGUUAGUGAACAACUAUUUUGUAAUGCAUGUGUCCUAUGGGCACUAAUAUUGUAAUAUUACUCUUUAAGUCAAUGAAAAUCUUUUAUUAUUGA